ACUACAAAUUCCCAUGGCGAAGCUUAAAAUUGUUAACAUUGUUUUCUUUCUCUUAUUAGGUAUAGGAAUAUGUUCAGCCGCUAGAACCCUCCUCACUUAUGGUGAGGCAGGCGCUUAUGGUGGUGGAGGAGGUUCCGGUGGAGGUGGUGGUUAUGCAGCUGGAGGACACGAUGGUGGAUAUGCUGGAGGAGGUGGUAGUGGAAGUGGAGCUGGAGGUGGCCAUGCUGGUGGUGGAUAUGCUGGAGGAGGUGGUGGUGGAAGUGGAGCUGGAGGUGCUCAUGCUGGCGGAGGACAUGAUGGUGGAUAUGCUGCUGGAGGUGGUGAAGGUGGUGGUAGUGGAUAUGGUGGUGCAGGGUCAGCAGAUGGUGGAUAUGCUGCUGGAGGUGGUGGAGGUAGUGGUGGUGGUGGUGGUAGUGCAGUUGCUGGAGGUGGAGCACAUGGUGGUGGUGCAUAUGCUGGAGGUUCAGGAGGAGGUACUGGCGGCGGCUAUGGUGCUGGUGGGGCACCUGGGGGUGGAUAUGGUGGUGGAGGUGGACAUGGAGGCGGUGGUGGUAGUGCUUAUGCUGGAGGAGAAGGAGGAGCCUCAGGUGGUGGAUAUGGUAGUGGAGGAGGAGCUGGUGGUGGUGCCGGAGGAGCACAUGGAGGAGCAUAUGGUGGCGGCGGUGGUAGUGGGGCCGGUGGUGGUGGUGCCUAUGCCGGUGGAGAGCAUGCUGGUGGUUACGGAGGAGGUGCUGGAGGUGGUGAAGGUGGUGGACACGGUGGUGGCUACGCUCCUUGAGUGGUCAUUCAAAUCACCAUUUGC